ACAAUAAAAACAUUAAAAGUAGAUUUAACAUGUUCUAACGGUUUCAAUAUAUAUUUCUUUAUUCAUAAAUCACACGUUGAAAGCUUCGGGAAGGACGGCACUGGGUGCUCAGGUGUUUCCUACCUGCUCCUUCAGCCCUUGAGAAAUAACCCGAGAGAGAAAAGUCGACUUACCUGUAGCCCGGGUUCUGGCAUCUCUCACUCGCGCUCUGUCUUCUGUUACCUGCACCGACUUGAAAGUCCAGUUUCACAAGGAAGAACCGCGGAGGAAGAGAAAUAUGUCACAGGAGACAGACAGUAAGAGGCUGGUUGUAGUGGUGCCCAAUGAGCCGUCCUUCCAUUCGCGUCGGGCCUACACCAGUGAGGAUGAGGCCUGGAGGUCUUACCUGGAGAAUCCUCUUACUGCGGCCACCAAAGCCAUGAUGAGCAUCAAUGGAGAUGAAGACAGUGCUGCCGCCCUGGGGCUCCUCUAUGAGUACUACAAGGUGCCCAAAGAUAAGAGAGUUUUGCCCAUCAGCAAAGUGGUUGAAAUUUCAGAGGAGCCAGAAAAGAGAAACACUACAGUGGGAAGCAGCAGUCAGAUAGAGCCGGAGACAGUGGAUAAUCGCGUCCAGGUCCUGAAAUCAGUGCCUGUUAAUCUGUCGCUCAACACGGAUCACCAGGACACCAAACGGGAGCAGUACAGCGUGUCUGCGGGAGAGAGCGGGACCGCUGCGGUGGUGAAGGCUGAGGCGUACACUCCUGUUUUCAUGGCUUCGGGGGUUCACUACAGGACAGAAGGAGAGGAACCGAUGCGGGUCAUCUGUGAGCAGGCCCACUCGUUCGACACCUCGACUGUAUGUCACAGUGGAUACGGGAAGGAUGACCAUCGCAGCAGUCCAGAUAGCACCUAUGAGGAAGACAGCAAUGAAAAGUACCGCCCAUCAUCGCUUGGAGCUGAUGACUUCAUAUUUGACCAGCCAGAAAUGUUAGACACCUUCCAGUACACACUUGAGGCCAGCAGGUCGUUGCGGCAGAAGCAGGGUGAAGGGCCUAUGACCUACCUGAACAAAGGCCAGUUCUAUGCUAUUACACUGAAUGAGACAAGUGCCAAUAAACGCCUCCGACAUCCCAUCAGCAAAGUGAGGAGUGUCGUCAUGGUUGUAUUCAGUGAAGAUAAGAACCGUGAUGAGCAGCUCAAGUACUGGAAGUAUUGGCACUCUCGCCAGCACACGGCAAAGCAGAGGGUUCUGGACAUCGCUGACUACAAAGAGAGCUUCAACACAAUUGGGAAUAUUGAAGAAAUCGCUUACAACGCUGUGUCCUUUACCUGGGACGUGAAUGAGGAGGCCAAGAUCUUCAUCACGGUGAACUGUCUGAGCACAGAUUUCUCCUCUCAGAAGGGGGUGAAGGGUCUUCCUCUGAUGAUACAGAUUGACACCUACAGCUACAACAACCGCAGCAACAAACCCCUGCACAGAGCCUACUGUCAGAUCAAGGUCUUCUGUGAUAAGGGAGCGGAGAGGAAGAUCAGAGAUGAGGAGAGGAAACAGAACCGCAAGAAGACAAAAGGAAAGGAUGGAGGCGUCGGGGCGGUUUCUGUCCCGAAAAAAUGUGACGCCACCUUCUUUAAAACUAUGACUGAUCUGGAUGCCCAGCCGGUUCUCUUCAUCCCGGACGUGCACUUUGGGAACUUACAGAGGGCAGGCCAGGUGUUUGCAUUUAAUACAGAGGAAAUUGAACGCGAAGGAAGUGUGCUGGUGAAGAGGAUGUUCCGGCAGUCUGAGGAUGACUUCUGUCCACCGCCCCAUAAACAGCUCAGAGAGGAGACACAGAAGAGAGUGCUCCUGUACGUGAGGAAGGAGUCGGAUGAGGUGUUCGAUGCUCUGAUGCUGCGGUCGCCCACUCUCAGGGGACUCAUGGAUGCAAUUUCAGAGAAGUACGGUGUUCCCAUUGAUAGAAUGGCCAAGAUUUACAAGAAGAGCAAGAAAGGGAUGCUGGUGAACUUGGACGACAAUAUCAUCGAGCACUACUCUAACGAGGACACAUUUAUCCUGAGUAUCGAGAACUACGCAGAUGCUUACAAAAUCACAUUAACGGAAAUAUGAACAGCAGCACAUGCAUUUCUAACAUUCAGUAUGUUUAAGCUAAAAGACUUGUUACUUGGACUCCAGCCUGGUCAGAUUCAACAUCAACUGUCCAUAAAUUGAAUUGACAUCAACUAAAGCUGACAUACCUCAUUUUUAAGACACCUCAAGUAUGAUUUUUAAUGGUCAAUUAGGAGUUUCGGUUCAUCCCAAACAUGUCCACAAUUUCACUGUUCUGCUGUGGAUGGAAAGUAUAUUGCUAUCAUUGGCUUCACGUUAAGGACCAAAGUACAGACUAAUUCACAUUUCACUUGAUUUUGGAGACCACCAACAGAUUCCCACCUGAAUCUCAACCGUUUCUUCCAAAGGAUUUCACUGGAGUGGAGUAUGAAAUGAAAUACGUGAUCUCUUCAUCAUAUCAAAAUACUGUGCGUACAGUAUGAAUAUUCAACAAAAGCAAGCGUCCACUGGAAUUAUAAUGCUAAGAU